AGGUCCGGAGCCCACCACGGCGCACGGACGGACUCCCCCCUGAGCUCUGGACUCAACCGCGUGGGGAGAGGGGAUGAGUGCCGGGGAUCCCGCCGGCGAUGCGGGGCCCAGCUCCCGCGGCGGAGCCCGGGCCGGGGUGGCCGCUCGUCCGCGGCGGUUCCCGACGGCGGCGCAGCCGGAGGUCAUGCGCGCGGCGGAGAAGGACGACAGCUACGCCGCCCACGUCACCGAGGCCUGCCGCGACGCCUUCCGCCACCUCUUCGGUACCAGGGUUGCCGUUGCUUACCAGAACGAGAUAAAAUUGCUUGGGCAGUCCCUCUACUACUUGCUAACAACUGGUUCAGGCCAGCAAACACUCGGAGAAGAAUAUUGUGAUAUAUCUCAGGUUGCAACCUCACAUGGGCUUCCGCCAACACCUGCUAGGCGGAUGCUUUUCAUUUUGUAUCAAACUACUGUGCCCUAUCUUGCUGAAAGAAUCAGUUCGAGAAUUGUCUCCCGUGGUAUUUACAUGGAUGACUCUCAGCUUGAUAAUCAUCAUGAAAGUGAUAAUCCUAGUAGAGGCAUAACAGAAUCCUCUACAAAUACGAAUGAGUCUUCGAGAAGCUUGAGUUUUUCUAUGCUCUCGAGGUUGAGAAGCAAAGCGCAGGCCUUUUGGCUAUGGGUAGUUCAGAAAUGGCCUUCGAUGCUGCCGCUUGGUCAAGAUUUUAUACAGUUGGCUAUACGGACAAACCUGAUGUUCUUCUACUUUGAAGGAUUAUAUUACCAUUUAUCAAAGAGAGGAGCCGGUAUUCAUUAUGUAUUCAUUGGUAAGCCAAUGAAUCAGAGGCCCAGGUACCAAAUUUUGGGUAUCUUUUUGCUGAUUCAGUUAUGUAUUCUUGGGGCUGAAAGACUCCGAAGAAGUAACUUAUCAUCAAUAGCUAGUUCCAUUAAUCAAAUUUCGUCCGGAAGCUAUCCUUCAUCUACAGGUCGGAGUGUCCCUGUUCUAAAUGAAGAUGGAAAUAUCAUCAGUGACAUCCGUCGUGGCAAAGCUGUAGAUUUGGCUUCUGGUUCAGAGGCAUCCAGUAGCAAGAGCAAGUGCACUCUCUGUCUCAGCACCCGGCAGAAUCCUACUGCCACAACCUGCGGGCAUGUCUUCUGCUGGAACUGCAUAAUGGAGUGGUGCAAUGAGAAGCCUGAAUGCCCCCUAUGCAGAACUCCUAUUACCCAUUCAAGUUUAAUUUGUAUAUAUCAUUCGGAUUUCUAGAAGACCAUUGCUUGCGGUAGCAAGGGAUCGUAUCAUUCCCCACAGGCUCCAUCAAGACGAGGACAUAAUUUGUUAUACCAAAAGGAGGAUGAGUAGAAAACCAGUCGAUGAAGUUGAAGAACAGUCGGGCUGUAGCACCAAGGACAAGUUUGAAAAGGAAGAUAAGAAAAAGUUGUAGUGCGGACAGAUAGAUAUACCCUUGUAUAAGUUCAUGUUGGACACAAGCGAAUUUUGUAGGGUAGAAGAAUGAAUGGCUAGGAUGAUAGACCAGUUUUUUGUUUUCUGUACGUAUGCCUGUUUCCGGUCGAAUGUUUUGCUGAUCCGCUUGUCUGUACCACCUAUGUAUUCUUGCCACAUCUACUACAUUUAACAUUUAGACCAGUAUAAAUUUAGCUCAUCCUAUGUUA